GCGUCUGUAGAAGGCGACCACGCUGCAGCGUAUUCUUCUUUCUCAUACCAAUCUACACCCUUUUUUUUGUUAUCAUUAGUUCUUUAAUCACCAUGAGUUCUGCUGUUGUGCGUGCAUCGAGGGAGGCAGCGGCGCAGCUGCCGCGCCACCUCUCCAAGGCGCAGGUGCGCGGCACGAUGCUUGCGCUGGCCCUCGGCGCCGGCUACACCCUUCUCCGCUGCCGCCUCGUGCCGCUGUGGAUCGCACGGAGGUGGUUUCUCCUCUCCGCCACUGCCAUCAUCAUGCCCGCCUCCGCUCUUCUCUACCUCAUCGACCCGCUUCGCUACCUAGGCGUGCCGCGGCGGGUGGUGCAGUCCGUCUGUCUAUUCAUUAUGGCCUUCGCCUUCAAGGCGGUCUGCUGGGCCAACCCGCACAUCCGCAUGCACGUGCAGUUCGACGCGAACGUGGACGGCAAGCCGACGAGCUGGGCGGACAUUCCAGACAAGGGAAUCGCGCUGACGCUGAACCACACCUCCUUCUGGGACGUGUUUGAGGUGAUUGGGCUGACCCCGAUGUCGCACCUCCGCCGCACCCGCACGCUCAUGAAGGCCUCGCUGCGGAAGAUCCCCAUCUUUGGCGGCUGCUUCGACCGCGUCGGCCACUUCCCCGUGUACUUCAAGUCGGACGAGGACGGCAACUUCCACGUAGACAAGGAGAAGCAGGCGGUGGUGGCGACGCAUGUCGCCGGGCACCUGCGCCGUGGCGGCAACAUCGUCGUGUUCCCGGAGGGGGCCGUGAACAAAAACCCAGAGACGUUGCAGACGUUCCGCUACGGCACCUUCGCGACCAUCUUUGAGCACCGCAUGCCGGUUUACUACUUGGUUUCCCUCGGAAAUGAGAGGACGUGGCCGGCGCAGCAUCCCUACGGCGGCGCCCCAGCCGACAUUCGCGUGCGCAUCGGUGCCUUCCCGAUCGACUUUGACAAGGAGAACAGCAAGGUGGUUGCAGCGAGGCUGCAGCAGCGCAUGCAGCAGGUCCGGGAUGAGAUGGCAGCGGAGGAGGCGGAGGCCGACGCGGCCGCCGCACAGACGAAGAAGACGAAGACCGCCGUGGACGCUGCGCAGGGGCUGCAGAGCCACGCGAAGCUCCCCGCGGCGGGUGCCGCUGCCGCUGCCGCAUAA